AUGACUCUCGGUGCACAGCCACCAUCCAUUCCACAACAUGAAUCUGAUUCAGUCGCAUUAAUCCAGCAAUUAAAUGAUCAUAUCCAACGUUCAACUACGUCAUCAUUAUCGCAUGAUUUGUCGAUAUUCACCGAAUUCAACCAAACCAUUUCCAAAACAACACCAUAUCAAUUUGAUUUUAUAAUUGAAAACGAACGAGGUAUUAAAUUAUUUGGAAUUCCAUUAUACUCACAAAAGUCAUUGUUACCUAUAAUUGAUCCAAAACAGUUUCAAUCUAUCACUAAAACAAGUUUAAAUAUCCCAUUGUCAAACAUUGGAAAUUAUCCGUUGCCUGAUUAUAAUCAAUGGGAAUGGACUUGGGAUCAGUGGUAUGUUUUCAUGUAUAAAGAUGUCGAUCCUCACGGAUGGAUUUAUUCUACAAUGUUUUUUCAAAGUGAUAAACGAUGGAGAGGUAAGUACUACUUUGGCAAUUCAGUAAGAAGAAGAAUUUGGAUUAGAAUGAGGCAACGAAUAGCUGGUAGUGCUGACGUAAAAUAG